UGUGUGAUGUUGAUGUGUUCGUAGCUCUCUGACUGUGUUUGUUUUGGCUGCAGGGACUUCUACUACAUAACCAUGCUGCGUGACCCCGUCUCCCGCUACCUGAGCGAGUGGAAGCACGUGCAGCGAGGUGCCACCUGGAAGACCUCCCUGCACAUGUGUGACGGGCGCUCGCCCACACAGGACGAACUGCCCACCUGCUACAGCGGGGACGACUGGUCGGGCGUCACCCUAACCGAGUUCAUGGACUGCCCGUCCAACCUGGCCAACAACCGACAGGUGCGCAUGCUGGCCGACCUCAACCUGGUAGGCUGCUACAACCUGUCCUCCAUGAACGAGAGCGAUCGCAACCACAUCCUGCUGGGCAGCGCCAUGAACAACCUGAAGAACAUGGCCUUCUACGGACUGACAGAGUUCCAGCGCAAGACGCAGUACCUGUUUGAGCGGACGUUCAGCCUGCGCUUCAUCGCCGCCUUCACUCAGAUCAACAGCACGCGCGCCGCCAAUGUGGACCUGAGCGAGGCUGUGCGCCGUCGCAUCGAGGAGCUCAACUAUCUGGACGUGCAGCUGUACGAGUAUGCCAAGGACCUGUUCCUCCAGCGCUUCCAAUACACCCGCCAGCGCGAGCACCAGGCGGAGCGAUUGAAGAGGCGUGAGGAGCGCCGAUGGCUUCGGGAGCAGAGGGAGCAGAGCAGGGCCUCACUCCCCAGACGCCGGGGGUACGGGGGCGGAGGCGACCUGGCCACGACCACUGAAGACUACACCAGCCAGGUGGCCCGCUGGUGAGGUGUUACCCUGGCCACGCACCCAGAGAGAGGUCACUGGUGAUCACCUCCAGAAUCAUCUCACAUGGUACUCUUUCUCUCUCUGCCUCUGUCAAUCUCUCUCUAUCGCUCUAUCUUUUCCUGUCUACUAUCUCUAUCUUUAUCUCUUUCUCAGCUUCAGUGUGAUCCUAGCGCUCUGCUAAAGUUUCUUUCUGGUUAUGAAACUGCCAAGUCUGUGAGUCAGUAUCACAGAAGCUCUGCCUUGGAGUGCCCUUUGGUGUCUUAAAUCUUCAAAUGGAUGGUUUAAUGUAUUUAUUUGUAAUGAAUUGUUUUGCUGCUCCUUUGCUUUCCUGCCUCUUAGUCAUGGUUAUUUAUUAUCAUGUAGAUUAUGAUAACUCUUUAAAGGCAGUAAAUUAAGCUUAAAGAAGACACGAUCAAAAGACGCUGCUAGCAAAUACAUUUUUAUUGGGACUCAAUGUCAAGGGGUGGAUAUCAAUCAGUGUUUUUUGUUGUUGCGACUGGCAGGAAUAUAGUAGUUCAACAGAAAACAAUAUAAAAGUGCUGAUUCUCGCAUGUCAUGUGUCCAUAUUAUAUCUGAGAGAUGGUUUGAGGAUGGAGAGUUACUUCCAAAAGAAAUGAUGAGAGCCAAAAGUACGCCGACGUAGAAAAUAUUUGUCUUUGUUUACGUAGCUACUGUUUUCUUAACGGGACCUUGCAAAUUGACAACUUCUCAGAAAUAAGAUCAUGUAUUUAGUUUCAUUUUAUCAUGGCAGUUUCAAUUAUUUUUACAUUUCCCUCAAACAAAUAUAGUGUAGUUGUAGUCAGUCAAGAUAAUGUCAGAUGUUUUGAUUAUGAUGCAGAAAUGUUUUCUAGGGUGCAAUAUUCAGUAGAGUUUGUCUACAUGCAACACCGUUCAAGUUUCAACUCGGAGGAACUGCUGUUUCUGUUCAUCCACUAUCUGUGUGUUGGAAUGUGAAGUCAAUCAUAAACUCACAAAGAGAGGAUUACCCUGAAGAAAACCCGCCUGAUUUCUAUUCUGCACUGACCAGACUUACCACAUUCAGCUUUCACAUUACAAAUGGAAAGAACUCCUCAAGGAAGAUUUUUCAAAAAAUGUUAAGCUUGGAUUGUUUAAGUAGUCUUCUCCAGAAGGUAAAGAUAACCAGUAGGUAAAUGCUCUAGGUGAGGACUGAGGAGCCAGGUCAGUGUGGUUGGUGUGUGGACUGACUGUCAAUGAGGUGAUCAGCAUUCGGCCCUCGUGCUCACCCCGUCACACUCCGUGGUUUAACAUGUUUGUGGAGCCCACGCCAACGGCUUUGUGGGCUGUGAGGGGGGUUCUAAUGCUACCAGAAUAACAGCCUGAGAUGACACGGUAGCAGAAUACAGUAGUUUCCUGUAGUAGGAAGGAGAUGAAAUGUACCACAUCUAAGUUUCAUGUCUGAUUGUCCCCCUCAAAACACAGGUAACUUCUGAAUGAACAUUAAACAAACUUGAAAGUAUCAAACGAGAUUCAUCUAAUUGUUAUGGUUGAAUUACUUGCAGAUGGCUGUGAUGAUGAUGUCAUGUUAGAUUAAAUAAUGGAUUUGCUAUUCUGAUCUGUUGUUCUGUUAUGAACAUUUCAACUCUCCAAUGACAAUAUUUUUUUAAUAAAAAUAUGAAUUUGCUGCUGCUUUCAUUUUGACAUUUAUCGUGUGUUUAGUUGAUUUUUUCAGAAGAUGUUGGUCUGUCUGAUCACUGAGCACAGCUUUGAUCCAUUAACCUUAACAGAUGAGUGGAAGUUUCUGUUGUUUAAGUAAGUUUGUAUUCAGUUAGUUGAUUGACUGUAAUGUAAUAGUAACCAUUAUCACAGUUUGGGUUGGUAUCCCUAAUCCAGAUUAGGCCUGCUCUUGGACUAAAAAACCUGCUAAAUGGAAAAGCUCUAUUGAAAAUUAUUUUUCAUUCAGGAAUAUGCAGCAUCUGUUUGCAGGAAACUGUUUUUUGUUUUUGUUAUAAGUAAUUGUUCAAACUAUACAAUUAUUGGAGUGUGUGUGCGUGCGUACCAUUAUUGUAUAUUGAUCACAAGUUUGCCUGCAAUUUCAGUGAGCCAACACACCAUGUUUAUACAUUGCCCCAGCAUUUUCAAACCAACAUUAUGGAUACAAUACCACGUUUUUUUUUUGGGGGG